GCUACAGCCAAACGGACACUGCAUCCUUACACAGCCUCCGACCCCUGCACGAGCAAUGUCAUUAGCAUGGCCAGUGACAACGAUACCUUCAACACAUGCCACCUCUUCUCUCUCCCAAACGAAGUCCUAGCCCAGAUCCUCUCCAGUUUUUCGACCCGCUCCCUCCUCCCCUGGACAGCCGUUUCCCACCGCUUCCAUGCCUUGAUCCUACGCAUCCUGCACUACCGGCUCCGCAUCGCCGCCUCCCUGCCGGAAUACAAGCUCAUCCUCAAAUGCUUCCCUCCCAGCAACAAAUACUAUGAGUCCUACGUCUUCUGCACUUAUAUUGGCACGGAUGAUCUGAGCAGUCAAUUCGACGGGAAGGGCUCGUUAUAUGAGAAUGUCGACCCAGCGGAGCGCCUAGGCCGACUCAGCUCGGUAUACUCGCGGUUUCGCCCGGAGCGGAUCCCCGAGAAUGCGACACCGCCCGCAACGCGAUGGGAUUCCUUUGGCACGGACGAAGAGCUGGAGCCCGACCAAGAUGAGCGGACCGUGACGCGACUCAUCAGCUUCGAGAACUUUGAGGACUUCUAUCAGCUCUGUGCGGUGGUCAAGGUGGUCAAAGUCCGGCUGGGUAGCAAUCUCUUGCUUAGUAACCAGACGGUCGAGGAUCGAGUGGUUCGAGUGUUUCGGGACUGGCUGCAGGAACGCGAAAGAUGGACCCGUGCUCAGGACCACGGCGAUGAUUCCCCCGAUGAUACUUCGGAUAGAAAGGAACGGGACAAUGCCAGCAUACUGUGGAUUGAUCCCGCCCGCAAGGUCGGCAUCAAGGUCCGGGUUCGAGGCAGGCAUUAUCUCAACCAGCAGAUGCCGUUAUUUGUCCUUCACGACGAGGAGCCGUCGGUGACGUAUGAGCUCGACAUCGAGGAACUACACAUCCGCACGACGAGUCUUUUGAUGACGUUGGAGAAAUCCCAGGAGGAACAGGAGAACCACCCGAAAGCGAUGAUCUUCCCGCGUAGUGUAUGAUCCAUGAGGAUGGAGGGUGAUAGACCAAGAUGCGCUGAUGGUCGGUACAUAGUAUGAGUUCCAUGGGAUGCAGUAUAACAC